AUGGGCGAGGCUUGCGUUACGAUAGGACACCUGGGACAGAAGGCGACUGCGACCACGGUGGCACCUACAGCGCGGUGGGCCGUUUCAGAGUUCCGGCGCGGCCGUGCCUUGCUACAGGGCGCGGACACCGUCGACGGUAUCGAGAGUGUCACGUGGUGCUUCGCCGCCUGUCUCAAGGUGCCCACGUGUCGCGCCUUCAACUACGGCAAGGCGGGCUGUCAGAUGCUACAGCAGGAGCUCUGCCACCAGGCUGGACUCAAGCUGACCGCGGAUCCCCGCCUUAACUACUACGACAUGCACGAGCGUGCACUGGAUGAGCGCAUGGGACCCCUGUGGAAGACUCCAUUCUGCUCCGAAGACGGCUUCUGCUCGCCUGCGUGUGAACCACUCCUGCACAUCCCACGCCUGAACGAAGCAUGUGAUCGAGACUUCCAGUGUCAGAUGCGCACGGGGCCCAUGGCGGUGUGCCGGAAACGUUUGUGCAAAUGCGCCGAGGGUUACUUCAUAGCAAGCAACACGACUUGCGAGAAACUUCCGGUGGAGGGCUACUCGCUCUACCCGGGUGCAGUGGAAGGCGGCUACUUCCGGCUUUCCGAAACCGAGGCCAAUUUCAGCCGGGCCUCGACUGAGUGCGCCCUCGACGCCGGCGCAGAACUGGCCUACGUGGCCGACGGAGACACCAACCGCUUCCUGCGAGAGCUCAUGCGGCGCGCUAAAGUUCGUUCGGCGUUCAUCGGACUCACCGACGAGCAGCAGGAAGGCCUGUGGAUUUGGGUGGCCAACGGCCAGAAGCUCCGCACUACGCAGUUCUGGCGUCCAGGCGCUCCGGACAACGCAAACGACGGCCAACACUGUGCCCAGCUGACCAACGAGAUUGACUUCGGCUGGGACGACGUGACCUGCUCGACGGAGGCUCGUUACUUCUGCCAGCUGCCGCACCCUAACUGA